AUGGCUGCAACAAACGGAACCAAUGGCAAUAUGCCGCAAAAGACUCGUGAGGAGAGUAAUCAUCACAUGGAGUCGUCUAUCUGGAAUGAAGUCAAGUUCAGACCUGAUGAUAUCAUCAUCACAACCUACGCCAAGUCCGGCACGACUUGGGUUCAACAGAUUGUUUCCCAACUCAUCCACCAAGGCGAUCCUACGAUCCCAGCAGGAUCUCUCUCACCAUGGGUCGACUUGCGCAUCGUCCCCAAGAACAUCAUGCUCGAACUCAUUGAGUCUCAAACUCAUCGUCGUUUCCUCAAGACACAUUUACCUCUUGACGCUCUUGUUUGGAACCCUCAAGUCAAGUAUAUCUUCAUCGCACGCGACGGUCGUGAUAUGGUAUGGAGUAUGCAUCACCAUAUGUAUCACGCGACACCGACCUUCUACAGCUUUUUCGAAAACACAGGUUAUGAAGGCCAACCUCCUCAACGACCUAGUGAGAACCCGAAGGAUAUUUUUGAUCACCUUGUAAAGGAUGAUAUGCCAAGUUCUCUUUGCUGGCCGUUCUGGAGUCAUAUUCGAGGCUGGUGGGAGCAUCGUGACCAACCUAAUCUGCUUCUUGUUCACUUCAACGACCUCAAGGCUGAUCUUGAGGGAGGGAUUAAGAGGAUUGCGAAGUUCCUUGAGAUCCCUGAUAUGUCGGACGAUAAGUUCAAAGAUGUCGUUGAGCAUUGUACGUUUGAUUGGAUGAAGGAGCAUGCGCAUCUUGCUGCACCGCCUCAGGCUGAGGUUGCGUGGGUAAAUGGUGCGAAGGACUUUGUGUACAAGGGAACGAACUCACGAUGGAAGGAUGUGCUUUCUGAGGAGGACUGUAGGGCAUACGAGGAGAGGGCGAAGGCGGAGCUUGGUGAGGAGUGUGCCAACUGGCUGCAGCAUGGUGGUUGGUUGAAGUGA